AUGCCCCCCCCCGCCAUGCCCGGCUGGUCGGUGGUCGUCCACGGCGGUGCGGGCAAGAUCUCCCGCUCCCGCGACACGGCCACCGACAUGGACGGCAUGCGCGCCGCCCUCGACUGCGCCGUGGACGUCCUGGAGGGCCGGGCCCCGCGCCGGCCGCUGCGACCGGACGGGAUGCGAUCCCAGGCGCUGGCCGCCGCGAUCCAGGCGGUGAUGGAGCUCGAGGACCGGCCCACGUUCAACGCGGGGAAGGGAAGCGUUCUUUCGGACGGGGGGUGGGUGGAGAUGGAGGCGGCCGUGGUUGAAGGGUGGAAUCGGGACAGCGGGGCGGCAUGUGGGUUGAGAAGCGUGCGCCAUGCGGUUGAAUUGGCCGAGAUCGUGCGUGUGACCACGCCGCACACGCUGAUCGGAUUUGAUGACGCCGAGGAGCUGGCAAAGGGGAAGGGGUUGGAGGUGAGGGCGCCGGAGUGGUUUGUCGUCGAGGCGAGAGUGGAGCAGCAGCGGCGGGCGGCGGAGAGGGGGCUGGUGGUGGUGGAUCGGGACGAGGCGGCGGGCAGGGAGGGUAUGGGGACGGUGGGGGCGGUGGUGAGGGACGGGGAGGGGAGGGUGGCCGCGGCGGUGUCCACGGGCGGGCGGAGCAACAAGAUGGCGGGGAGGGUGGGGGACUCUGCGUGCGUGGGGGCGGGCGUCUACGCCGGCCCGCUGGCGGCGGUGUGCGGGACGGGCGUGGGGGAGGCGUUCGUGCGCCACAGCGCGUGCGCGCAGGUUGGGUUUGCUAUGCAGUAUGGCAAAUUGUCGCUUCAAGAAGCUGUCAGGAAGGUUGUUUAUGAAGAGAUGGAUGAAGGAGAUGGAGGAAUAAUCGCAGUGGGCGCAGACGGCUCUAUGUCCGUCGAAUUCAACAGUUUGGGAAUGUUUUGGGGGAAGCAGCAUUCAGAGGGUGGCAGAGAAUUUGGAAUCUGGAAGUGA